AUGCUGAAGAGAGGACUUUUCCUUUUCACGACCGGAACUAUUGGUGGCGGAAUUGCUGCUACCAUCUCAGCUGGACUCAGAGGUGAUGGAAAACCCUUUGAUUUGGCCAAAAUCGCACUUUCAGGAUUACCUGUUGGUGCUCAACUUUCAUCAUUUCCAUUAGCUACAUGGGCAUUAGUUAAAGCAAGUCCAAAAUUUGCAGAAAUUGUCAAAAAUAAAGAACAACAUCCGUUUAAAUAUUACAUUACCGGUGGUAUUGGAGCUGCAGCCAUAUUCACCGCGAUAACAUAUACAGCGCAAGCUACAUUGCACAAUAGAGAAACAAAAGGCAAGAAGAAGACUUACAAAGCUUCUGAUUAUCUCGAUGCUUUUGUUGAUAGAGUUGGAAUCUCAAUCGGAUUCCCUGCAAUGAUGGAUUACGUCCAAGAUAACUUACCAAUGCCUAAAAACUCUCUUGCACAAUGGGCUCGUGGUCAUUUUUGCGUUUGCUGCGCUAAUGUUGCAGGAAGAAUUGUUGCAUACCCAAUACUAAGAUACAGACACGGAAUGAAAUUAACUUCGAUCAUCAAAAAUUACUUGAAGAAUACACCAAAUGUCAUCAUUACAGGAGAUACCGUAGCUACUAUAAGACCAGCAUUUAACUUCAUGUUACAAUAA